UAUUACCCAUCUACUACUGCAGACUGGGACAAACAAACGCACACAGCGUUGCUGACGUCCCGAGAAAAAAGGCAUUAAAUAAAGCAUUUACUGUUCCCACGCUACAAAUAUGGUAAAGAUAACGAUCAUAGUGGCACUGGCGAUGCUGCUGUUGGCAUCAGUGGCCACGUUCGUGGGUGUCUUCUUCGGCGUGGGGAGAAGGAAGCAGCCGGGUGAGCAGGUGUACCUGAAGGCGGCUGUGGCGGCGGAUGCUGGGCCUUGUUCAGAGGUCGGCAGAGACAUUCUGAUGAAAGGCGGGUCCGCAGUAGAUGCCUCAAUAGCUGCGUUGCUGUGUGUCGGGCUCAUGAAUGCUCACAGCAUGGGCAUCGGAGGAGGCCUUUUCUUCAACAUCUACAAUGCAACAACGGGGACGGUUGAGACCAUUGAUGCCAGGGAGACGGCACCACGCAAUGCCACAGAGAACAUGUUUGGCAACAGUACGGAUCUUUCCCAGAAAGGAGGGUUGUCUAUUGCUGUACCGGGGGAGAUUCGAGGCUAUGAGAUGGCACACACAAGACACGGCAAACUGCCUUGGAAAGACCUGUUCCAGCCAAGCAUCGACCUCGCAGAAAAAGGUUUUCCUUUGGGCCGUGCACUUGCCUCAGCUGUGUCCAGCCACAAGAAAACCAUCGUCGCAGACGAAGCCUUGUGUGAAGUGUUUUGUGGGAAAAAUGGCGACGUCCUGAAGGAAAAUGACACCAUCAAAUUUACCAAGCUUGCAGAAACGUAUAGGACAAUAGCAGAAAAAGGUCCCAAUGCUUUCUACGAAGGACAACUGGCUCAGAACCUUGUGUCAGAUAUUCAGGCAGCAGGCGGUCUCGUCACAAUGGAGGAUCUGAAGGAUUACGUUCCCGUCUUGGAUAAGAAGCCUUUAAGGGUGAACGUGGGGGAGUACAACAUGGCUGUUCCCAAUGCCCCCGCUAGCGGCCCUGUGCUCUCGCUGAUAUUAAACAUCUUGAAUGGGUACAACUUCACCUCGGACAGCAUGGCAACCACAGAGAAAAGGAUCCUGACCUACCAUCGUGUUGUGGAGGCGUUUCGUUUUGCUUAUGCAAAGAGGACCUUACUCGGGGACCCGGUGUAUCUCAACAUCACAGACCUCAUCAGGAACAUGACUUCACGUUCCUAUGCCGAUGAACUCCGUGAAAAGAUCACAGAUGAUUCCACGCAUCACAUGAACUAUUACGAGCCUGAGUUUUACCUGCCUGAAAACCACGGGACCUCCCACAUCUCCGUGGUAGCAGAAGACGGAAGCGCCGUGGCUGCCACCAGCACCAUCAACCAAUAUUUGGGUUCGAAAGUAAUGUCGAGAUCAACCGGGAUUCUUCUCAACAACGAGAUGGACGACUUCAGCUCUCCGCUCAUCACAAACGGCUUCGGAGUGCCUCCUUCCCCCAACAACUUCAUCAGGCCAGGAAAAAGGCCAAUGUCUUCUAUGUGUCCAACCAUCCUCUUCGACAAAAACAACAAUGUAAAGAUGGUGGUCGGAGGCUCAGGAGGAACUAAAAUCACAACCUCGAUCGCUCAGGUGAUCCUCAAUGCGCUGUUCUUCGACUACGACCUGGUUAAAGCCGUGUCGGAUCCCAGGCUCCACAACCAGCUGAGUCCCAACGCCACCGUCGCGGAGCCUGCCUUUGAGAAAAGCAUCCUGGAGGGUUUGGCAUUGAAGAACCACGAGACAGAGUUCCUCAAAUCAUCGGGAGCAGUCGUGCAGGCGGUGGUUCGGUAUGAAGAUGGACUCCACGCUCAGUCAGAUCCCCGCAAGUGGGCGUAUGCCGCAGGGUACUGAGGUCAUAAAAACGCCUCUGAUUGUGCAGAGAGACUCUAGUCAUGUGAACCUUGACCCCAGAGUUAGGAGCCCAGAGAUUUAAUAAAGGAAUACGAACGUCAGCAGUCUUAAGGAACCAAUCAGGGUCUAAUUAGGCACGACUAACGUUCAUUUGCUGCAUAACACACAAUUCUGUUUGACAGAUUGACUUGAGUGUGAAAUUAAUCUGGAAUAUUGACUUUCAAAUCUAAUGCAUUUCGAUGUUAUUUCAUCAUUUCAUGUAACAACGAAAUGAAGGAGUCAGUAGAUUUUAUUUUAAAGGAUAUCUUUAACAACAGUGUUUAGUUCACACUGUUGAUCCUGAAUAUGUUCCAUUCCCACAUCUUUCUAAAGCACUUUUGUAAAUCAUUAUCAGCGUAAAGCUAAAGUUAUUGUCUAUUUAAGAUGUGAGCAAAAUGCUGAACCUUUAAUUAAACAUAUAUCUACUAAAGUAAUUAACCAAAACGUUCCUCAAAGAUUGUUUUCAUUUAUACUAAUUUCACCACAACUAUUCAAAAGGGUCAAAGACAUUCAGCAGGAAAGUGACCUGUUAAAAUAAAAGACUACCACACCUCAGGGGGUUAUAAACAGUCCUACUUAAUGACUACAGUAAUUUCCCACAACCCAGAGUGCAAGAGCCUGUAAUGACGCCAUAAAAACUGCAGCUGUUCCUGCUCACUGUCACUGCUGGGAUUCAGGGCUCUUCUUUUCUCAACAGGAAUUUAAACGUGUUACAUAAUUACUGAUUUCCAUAAAAGUAUCACAUGAUUUUGCAUUUGUCAUUGUUUUGCUACCAUUGACUGGUUCAUACUUGAUUAAAGCUGUGGACACAGAUAUUUAUUUAAAAACAAGGACAAUCUCAGUGUGAAUGGAUCAUUUAUUUUAGAAUUUUCAUGUUUGUUUAUUUAAUCAAAUUGAUAAAGUAGAUGAUGUAGAUGUUUUCUAUGUGUAGUUUUUCCCUUGAAAUGAAGAUACUGUAAUUAUCCAUUAUUAAAACACACCCUCUGUAAAAAAGUAUAUUGGUUCUUGGGUCUUAGGUCUUUAAGCUGAUGGUUAAUAAGAGUUUACAGCCUUGUUAACUCUUUGAGUAUGUACUAUGUAAGCAAAUGCAAAAGCUAGUGUCAGCAGCUAUUGCCAGCAGGGUAAAAUGCUGAGAAAAUGUCUGGAACAAAAUUGUGGCGCACCCGACAAACAGACCAAACUUGUCACCCCUUGGAGCCAUACAGCUAACAUGAUAGAAAAAUAGUAUGUAUAUAUAUAUAUAUAUAUACUGUAUAUAAAUGGCUGCGCUACACCAAGACUGUGUGAAUACACCAGAUUUUAUGUCGCAAGUCAGCUGGAAGCCACACAUCUGAUGCAUGAUUAUGAUUAGUGGCAGGUGGUAUGUACCCAAGUCAGGAGUGGCAUGUACUAAUCUGGCAUGUGCCCAGCUCAGAGUGGCAUGUACCACUCUCACAGUUAAAUGUACUGAUCUC